AGACACUGUAAAAGAGAAAGGAACCAACUUUCAGUAAGUGGUAGAUUCAAAGGGCUGAGACUUUCCAUGACUUCUUAGAGUUCCAGAGUUCUCAAAGCAGUCCUGUUUCCUGCUUUCUUGAAGCUUGGUUAUUUAGCGCUUCUGUUGAUUCUGUGAGGUACCUUGAUAUUCUAACAGAAUAUACAUUGAUAGUAAUCAUUAACAAAAUGUAUAUUUAGAAUGCUGUGUGGAAUACAUUUUAAAAAUUUAUAACACUAUUUGUAACUUGCUUUUUUUCAUAGAAAAGAAGAAUAGAAUUCACUGGGACAUUCAUCACCAAUAAACUACAUCAUCAUUUUAAACAGCUGCACAAUCUUCUUGUUUGAUAAGUCAAUUUAUUUCAUUUUGGUAUUUCAGAUUUUUAAACAUUAUAAACAAGACUCUGAUGAACACUAAAUAUAUGUGCUAAUAACAAAGAACUCUCCCAGAAGCUUCCAGCAGCCUUCUCCUGGAAAAUUGGGUCAUAGGCCCAUUCCUGAUUUAAAUAACUGGUAAAGGGGAAGUGGCCAGUAGAAUUGACCUAAUCUGAGCUCAUUCCUGGAGUUGGGCUGAUUCACGUGUGCUUAGGGGCGGAGGGAGGGGAGGGGAGGGUGAUGAGGUCUGGAUUCCUGAACAAAAGGAAGAAGGGGGAAUCAGGUGUCCACUACAAUAGUUUUGAACAUUUCAAGGUGUUUAAAACAUAAUGUAUUAAAAUACAUUAAUUUUUUCACCCUAAAAGCAGUGUUUAAGAGUGCUAGUUGCUCUACACCAUUGCAAACCAAGGCUACUAUCAUUACUUUAAUCUUUUUUCACCUGUUUGAUAGGGAAUUCCCUGAUGGUCCAGUGGUUAGGACUCUGCGCUUCCACUGCACGGGGCACAGGUUCCGGGAACUAAGAUCCUGCAUGGUGCAGCCAAAAAAAAAAAAAAUUCAAAUGUUUGAUAGGUCUGAUAAUAAUGUUUGAUUUUAGUUCAUAAGAAAAUCUCUUUAAGAUGAUUCACAACUCCUUAUUUAAUGGUAUUAAAAUAUUCUAUUAAUAGAGAUAUAACAAAAUGACAGGAAAAUUGCCCUAAUUCGAUUCUUAUAAAUUCCAUAGCUACCUAAAAUUAUAGGUGCAGAAUCAUGAACUUCAUCUCUAUAAAAGCAGAAUGAAAUCACUUCUGCCAGUCACGUAUCAAACAUGUUAGGCUCUUAGGUGCUUCAUUAGAAUCUUAUGAAAAUCUCAGAAACAAGUAAUAAUUUCAUUAAACAAGCAAGUUCUUUAAAAAGUUGUUUUUUAAAUGCAUAAGGCAGUUGUCUAUGUUCGGUCUUUGAAUUCAUUAACAUUUGUUAUAGGCUAGAUAUUGGAUGCUAAGGUUUAAAGAACUAUCAGUGCCAUAUUUUUGAGCAUCAAAUGCAUUACAAGAGUUUUAAGUCACUACCUUAGAGGUUUAUUCUUUUUGUGUUUUUAAAUAUAUUCAUGAAAAUAAGUCCUAGGGAUGUAAUGUUCAGCAUCGUGACUGUAUUGUAUAUUUGAAAGAUGCUAAGAGAGUAGAUCUUAAAAGCUCUCAUCACAUCUAUGUGUGGUGAUGGAUGUUAACUAGACUUGUGAUUAUUUUACAAUAUAAACAAACAUUGAAUCAUUCUUUUGGAUACCUGGAACUAAUAUAAUGUUAUAUGUCAGUUUUAUCUCAAUUAAAAAUAAACAUAUUUGUUUGACAAAUAUUAAACUAUAUUUGGCACACAGUACAUUUUUGGGUAAAGCUCUUACCAAUAGUGAACAGGCCACAAAAGAAUACAUUUAUGAUCAUCAAAAGUUUCACUGUUGAGCUUGACUUUUAAUAUUUGAAAGUAGAUGUUUUAUUGCUUUAAGGCCUAACUUGUCUCAUUGGAAAUUUUGUUCAAUAAUCAUAUUCUUAGGGCUAAAAAGAGUUCAGUACACAAUUUAUUUCUGCACAGAUGACAAAACAUUUGAACUCCUAGAGAGAAGCUCUAUUUAAACAUUGUGACCUUCAUUUUAUUAGGUACUCUAGUUUACACUGCACAUGUGAUGGAUUCAAAAAUAUACAGAGUCUAAACCCACAAAUAGUAUUUUGUGUUCAAGCCACCUCUAGACCAGAGUUAUUUGGGGUUCAAAAUAGACAAAGCAGUUUUACAAAGGAGUCUAACUAUUGAUUAGCAGUUAAAAAAAAACAGAAAAGAAAAUCCUAUCCACAUUUUGGUGGGAAUAAAAUGUGGUAAGUACAAAAAGCAGGUGGUCACUUGUAGCUUUUUUUUUUUUUUUAAUGAAGCUGUAUGGGAAAAGUUAUGAAAAAAGUAAGUAUAACACAAAGUUACAUUUCCAGAAUUAAAUACUUCUUGGGUAUUUACAUGUGACAUCCAUAGCAGGCUGAGGUCCCGUGGAUACUGGCUGGCUGGCAGAGUCAGCUAACCCAAUACAGGAGUCCCAGGUGCUUCUGCUUACACUCAUAUUCGGUCCAAGUAUACUUUAGUGCUCAAGUGUUGGGUCAUGCCCUUGGCCACUUCCAUCAUUUGAGUGAGAGUAAACAAUAAAUAGGAUCUGACUGAGUUAUGUUUGGAAAGAUUCUCCAUAAAUGAGACAUUGUGUAUGAAAUGCCAGGAAAGAGCCCAGUAAAUGUUAGCUUUUAAAAAAUUCUGCACUUGCAUUGGAUGGAACCCAGAAAUAGCAGUGAAAGCCAUUGUUGCUUCCAAUCUGGGAAGCCCGUCUGCAACGAUUUUUUUCAAACUCUUGAGGAUCUCAGUGUUGUGUUGUACUGUGUUCUGAUUCACAGGAUAAAAAUAAAGUUGGGCUAACUGUAAUUUUGUCAUGCUCCCUUUGUACAGUUUUGAGCUCACUUUAAAAUAAGCAAUCUUGGGUAGACUUCCUGGUCUUUGUAUCAGACUUGCAGACAAAGUACCUAUUCUCCCAAAUGCUUUUCAUGUGGGCACAGGGAGAGGAGAGGAGGGGGCAUAAUAUUACUUACCAGAAUGAAUGGGAUGAAUGACAAUGCCUUGCUGGAUAAAUAGGUAAAUUCAAAUUCAUAACAGAAGCAUAGACACUGUGUUCUCACAAAUGUUAAUGCUACAACACAAAGGUGUGCGGACCAUGUGGAAAGCCCUAGUUUAUCACUUUACAGAGACUCUACUUCCAAAACUAGCGAGUAUUUUUUUUUCCCCCCUGCUUUCAGGGGUCAUUGACCCACAGGAGAAAAAUAAUAAUAAAGGGUCACAGAAGGGGUUAAAAGGAACUCAAUUUGGUUCUCACUGAUAAUUUUUAAAAUAUUUUUAAAAGUCACAAUAAAAAGUGAAACUUACCUAGUUUAAAAUUUAAGAAGAGGAUAAAACAAAACUUUAUUCAGUAUGUCCAAUGAUGGAAAUGCUUUAAAUUCUGCUUCAGUUCCAGUAUGGCCAGUAAUGGGGUGGGGAAAAGGACCGGAAAAACAAAAGGGACAAGGAAAAAAAACCUGGAGAGGUAAAGGGAGAGACUGAGACCAAGCAAGAGUCAAGAAAAAACACCAACAAUGGGAAGACGCUUUUUGGAUUACUUUUUUUUUUUUUUAACUUUUUAAAAAACCUGUUUUGUAAAACCUGUUCCAUCUUUAUCUUUUUUUUUUUCCUUCCAGGCAAGGCUUUGCGGGGAAUCCUGCUGCAGCACUAGGGAGCGAAAACAACAGUAGUAAGUCUCUUACCCGGCUAGCAAGCUGCGAAUGUUCUAUUUCUUGGAAGAGCUGCAUUUUGGACCUCAUAAAAUCCUCAAAGGAGAGACCUGCACUAUGAACGAGUUCCCUGCAUGGAUUCAGUCACUGAGCAUCACCCCAGCCUGCCCCCAGCGUAAACCCAGCCCUUUCUCCGAGCCCCGCCACGAGAUUUCCCGCCUCCGCGCAGCACUUGGGACCCCGGGCGGCGCCCGGGAGUCCCGCUUCUGCGUUGGGGAGCGGCGUGGGCGUGACGUCAUCGCGCCCUGACGUCAGGCCGACGUACAGCACUGUGUCCUGGGAGACCGGGAAAGCCGUUUCGCACCCGGCAGAAUUGAAGUCUAGAUUAUUUUACUUCAGAGCUCCCUCAGUAUAUCUUGAGAAAUUAUGGAUCGUCACAUUCCCAUGCAUGCAUUACCUGAAGAAAUCCAAAAGGUUGUUACAUAAUACUGAGCAGAGUUCCCUGUGUUAUACAAUGUCUCCAGAAGAAAAAGUUUGUAAGUACUGUGGAGUCAGCUAUCUAAUUCUUCAUGAGUUUAAGGCUAUGGAAGAAAAAGUGAAAGCGAUGGAAAAAGAGAUGAAAUUUUAUCAAGGAAGUGUAGAACGUGAAAAGAGCCUUCAAGAAACACUACAGACUCUUAGCCAAGAUUUUGAACAGUACAAAAUUGACAGUGAAUCCAAAAUGGAAAGAAUUAGAGAUGCAAGCAUGCAGUUAAAAAGUCACCAAAAUGAUUUUCAGAGAGUACAGAAAGAAUUGAGUCAGUUGCAACAUGAGUUAAAAAUUAAACAAAGACAAUCACAAAUCUUCAGUCAGAGAUUGACAGAAUACAAGUAUCUCUGGAAUAAGACUCUUUCAUUACUUACUUUUAGUAAAAGAGAGCUAACCAGUAUUAAAAAUGAAGUAUAUGAUAAUUUUCAAAACUGGACUUCACUGAAAGGAGAAGUUUUUCUACAAAUUAAAUCCAUAAGUGAAACAGCCUUGACAGAAAUAAAGAUGCUAAAUAAAAGUUUGACAGUGUCCCAGAGAAAUAACGUAUGCCUUGAAGAGGAAAUGAAAAAUCUGAAACUGUUGUCAGAUGCAGCCAUAUUGAGAUCUCAGCAAAUUGAGACAUUCAAACAACAGGAAGUAAACUUGCAAACCAGAUGCCAUGACUUGCAAAAGGAAGUACUAGAUUUACAGUGUGAGAUUGAAGCACGUGGGCUAAAACUUCAGAAGGCAGUGACUGAGAUGGACAGCUACAAAGAAAAGCUCAUGAAUAAAUCUAAUGAAGCUGAUGAGUGUCAAAGAGAACUUAGAAAACUGAAGUUCGAAUCCAUUAUUUCUGAGUCACGGCACACCAGAUUGCUUAAAGAAAAGGAAGACUCUUUAAUGACUUGUCAACAAACAUAUAAAACUUUACAGGAAGAACUGACUGCAAAACAAAGACAAGAAGCUGACUUAAAAAGAAGAAUUAAUCUUGCAGAAAAUGAACUGGAAAUAACCAAAACUCUUCUGAAUCAGACAAAGCAAGAGGUUGUAACACUGAAAAGUGAAAGGUCUUCAUUGCUGCGCAUGGGCUUUCUCAAGUUGCGGGAAUUGAUGCUGAUUUCACAUCAGAAAAGCAUGGAGCAGUUGCAGGAAACCCUUAGACAGAAGAUGCUGAACGGUGAUAACUGGAGGGAGAAGGUUGAAGCUGAACUCGCCAAGGAAAGGGCCCAACAUUUAGUUGAAUUUCAGGAGCAAGCUCUUCUCUUUAAAGAAAUUAAACUGGAACUCGAUAUUGAAAAGGAAAAACACCAAGAAAUAAUCCAAAAGUGUAAGAAAGAAAAAGAAGAACUACAAAUGAAGAUAUCUGACUUAAUUGAAGGUGCUACUAAAGAUCUAAGGCUGAAAGUGGCUGCUCUUGAAGAAAAGCUCCAUGAAUCCCAUAUUCAAUAUACUGAAGAAUCUGAGUUAAAGGAGAAAGAAAUCGAAAACCUUAAAAAUUUGGUUGCAGAAUUUGAAUCACGCUUGAAGAAGGAAAUUGACAGUAAUGAUUCAGUUUCAGAGGACUUGAGGAAGGAAAUGAAACAAAAGUCAGAUGAACUGGAAAGAGUAAUGCUGGCACAAGCACAACUGAUACAGCAAUUCAACCAGUCCCAGGAAGAGAACACUUUUCUUCAGGAAACAGUGCGUAGAGAGUGUGAAGAACGCUUUGAACUGACGGAGGCUUUGAGUCAAGCCAGAGAACAGCUCCUGGAGCUCAGGAAGCUCGGCGGACAGUCACCCCUAUCACCAGGCUCCCUCAGCCAGGGCAGCCUAACCUCCUCUGUUGCAGCUAGCAGCAGUCAGGGAGAGAAGAGGCUCGCAAGACUGAACUCCGAAAUGAGAAUCAAAAUCCCCAGCCUGCACGGAGUGUCGAAACCCACCGCUUCCCCAGCCUCAACUCAGCCCAGCAGGGUCAGCAGCUCAGGUUUGCCCACCCUCCCCCAGCCACACCCUCCCCGGGGUCGAACGUCUUCAGUCAGUGAGACCCGGCAGAGACUGGCUGUCAUUCUGCAGAGGAGACUGAGUCAGCAGUGAUGGAGCCAAAGUCAGGAGCAGCUCCACACAGCAUGCCUGUCUUUCCCAGAGUCCAGAAACUCACUGUACGAGGAUGAAAAGGAUCAAAUUACUACCACAGAUUAAGAAUGCAUACUUACAGAUAUUUUUAACAAGACAGUUGGAAAAGCUAAAGAAUUGUGAAACCACAUUUUCCAAGAGGCCUUUGAAACUGCAACAGAUAAUGAAGUUGUUGGUAUUCCAGAGGGCCAAUUUCUAUAUUUAUGUAUUGUGUGUUUCGAUGUGCUCUAUGAAUAUGCCCUUUUAGAGAUCAUAGGUAAAAUUUUUCAUCCAUAGCAUCUUUUCUACUUUUUUGCACUAUUACAAGCAGAUCUACUUCCACAAAAUAAUAAUAAUAGAUUUUAUUGGU